AUGUAUAUUCGUCUUUGUGUUCUCGUGGUACUCUUCUUAGAGGUAUGCGUUACUCGUGGAAUUCAAAUGUUUGAUAAACAAAAUCGUUUUCCACAAGAAAUAUCGAGGAAGCUGGACGAAUAUUGGAACUCGUAUAAGAUCCGUUAUAAUAAAAGUUACUCUGGAAAUCUAGAGACUAACCGACGGAUGACUUGGGAAGAAAAUCUAAUAACCAUCUAUAAACACAAUAUGAUGGCAGCUGCAGGUCAUCAUAGUUACACAUUGAAAGACAAUCAUAUCGCCGAUCUCGGGACCAGGCAAUAUAUUCGCGAAAUGGUAAAACUGAUUCCUAGUCGUAAGCGGCGUGUAUCGAAAGAAACGAUGGUUGGAGCAAGUUUACACGAUCCACGACGUAUUGCACCACGACUAGAUUGGCGCGAAGCUGGAUUUCAAACGAACCCGGAAAAUCAAAAAGACUGUGGAAGCUGUUACGCGUAUUCGAUAGCCGGCAGCAUUCAAGGGCAAAUUUUCAAGCAAACAGGCAUGUUGAUUCCAUUAAGUGAACAGCAAUUGAUCGAUUGCAGUACAUCGACCGGAAAUUUAGGCUGUUCCGGAGGCUCCUUGAGAAACACACUAAGAUAUCUCGAGAAGGCAAAAGGUUUAAUGGCCGAGAUACAUUAUCCGUAUAAAGGACAACAAGGUGCUUGUCAUUUCAAAGAAGACCUGAGCGUAGUCAACAUCACUUCAUGGGCCGUGUUACCGGCACGCGACGAAAAAGCUUUAGAAGCUGCUGUGGCGACUAUAGGUCCAAUAGCUGCGUCGGUAAAUGCCAGUCCAAAAACCUUUCAACUUUAUCACAAAGGGGUCUACGAUGACGAACUUUGUAGUUCGGACAUGGUGAAUCAUGCUAUGUUGAUCGUUGGGUAUACGCCAACCGAAUGGAUCUUGAAGAACUGGUGGGGCGAUGAAUGGGGUGAAAACGGAUACAUGCGCCUGGCUAAAAACAAAAAUCGAUGUGGCAUAGCUAAUUAUGCGGCGUAUGCAAAAGUUUAA